AUGGAACGCGCGCGUCCAUCUCAGGACAUGAAGGAGACCGGCAACAAAUUACCCACUACUGCUGAUACCGUUCGCAACAUAAUUCUCAAAGACUUUGAUAAAAGGAAGCUAGAAAUAAUCAACGAGAUAAAAAUUAUACUGUCAGAUGAAAAGAAGUUUUCGAUAUCAUUCGAUGAAUGGACAUCCAAUAAAAAUAGAAGAUAUAUAGGGCUCACUUUACAUUCACCAAAUUUUGCAAGGGAUAGCAGUUUUCGAAAUCUAGGUCUCAUACGCAUUCACGGCUCCAUGAAUGCAGCCUCAUGCGUACAAUUGAUUGAGGCCAAGUUGGCCGAAUAUGGGGUAUCUCUAACAAAUGACAUCGUCGCUCAAACCACAGACGGUUGCAGCCUAAUGGUUGCAUUAGGGAAGUCCCUUAAGUCAUACCAUCAGCUAUGCAUCGCUCAUGGCGUUCAGCUGGCAAUUGGGGACGUAAUGUACGAACGCAAUGCCGGCUUCGAGGAAAAGGUCGCUCAGCUUGCCGAACUUGACGAGGAUGAAGAUUUGCCUUUAUCGGUAUUGGCUCCAAGACUGCGAAUUGUAGAAUUUAACGACGACACGAAUUCUACAGAUAAUGACGCGGAUGGUGUUGAAUUUAAUAAUGAAUCCUCGUUUAUGGAGUCUUUCAGUUCACAGUCUUUUAGAGACAACGAUCUGCUAUCAAAAGUACGAAAAGUGGUAAACAUCUUCAAGAACUCACCGACAAAAAACGAUGACAUCCUUCAAAAACAUGUCAGAUCUUGUGAUGUUUAUUUAGAAAUGUCAGAUCUGAUUUUGGACAGGAGUACUCCCUGCUGU